AUGGCAUCCCGAUUCACACACUCGACUCUCCACCAGCGAGAUCCACGGUCUUCGUCCUCGCUGUUCGAUUCAUAUAACGGAGGCAGCAGCAGAUCACCUGCGCAAGCUAAUAGCCGAUCACCUUCGCGACCCGGUGGGGCCGCCACACCGAAUUCAAAAGGCCAAUAUUCCGAUGCAGUGCUUUCCUCUCUGGAGUCACAGAAUGACUCUGAGAUCGAGGGUAUCACUGCCAAAGUGAAGAUGCUGAAAGAUAUCACAAUAGCUAUCGGCGACGAGAUAAGGGAGUCGAGUUCCCUUGCGGAAAAAAUGAACGAUGCCUUCGACGCCUCGCGUGUCCAGCUACGUGGGACCAUGAACCGAAUGCUCAGGAUGGCCGAGCGGACGGGCGUAGGCUGGCGGGUCUGGCUGGGCUUCUUCAUCUUCGUCUUCUGCCUUUUCGCAUAUGUUUGGCUAUUCUAG